AUGAAACCGGCGACAUAUCUCCUACUGCUACUGGCAGCCCCGCUGCUCCUUAUCCGCUGCCACGAUGACGUGGCGGACCUGGCCAAGGCCGUCGCUUCCGACCUAGAAGACGGCGAGGUGGAUGAGCUGGAUGAGGCGCUUUAUGAGGGGUUCGUACAGGGCGUCGCCCUCAACUUCGACUACGUCUCCUUCGGCAAGCAGUCGAACAACCACACAGAGUUGACGCCGCAGGAGAAGGAGACUGAGCACCAGCACAACCUGCACAAGGCGGAGAUCGAGGCCGACUACCUCACGAAGCACCGGCCGCUGGAGUCCUCCGUCGUAGACGAAACGGAAUCCGACCUCUACUCGCUCUUCAACAUACUCAUGCAUUACCUCUCCUCACGGUCGCAGCCGUGGAAAUUGGUAGAGCCAAAGAGCCAGGGGCUAGAGGACGGCAUGGAGCACCACAUGAUUUUCAUCAGUGAGGCUGUCAAUUCAGAAAACAAGCACAUUCCGCGGAACAUGGUGCUCUCCGUCGGUGACAUCGCAAAGAGUAAGUUACACGCAAAUGGGGUCUAUAGAGUCGCAGCGCUGCCGCAGAAGGGCGGAAAGUCGCCCAUCCUGCUGACGUGCCUGGAGACGUUCAUCGUCUCCAAGCUCGCCUUCAACCUCAUGUCCAGACUCGUCAAGAGCCCGGCGCCAAUCGACACGAAGCUCAAAUACGUCGAUAGGUGGAUCCACCUGGUGCAGAACCAUUUCGUGCUGUACCUGCCCUACAUCACCAUCACGGCGCAGCGCUGCGUCAACAUGCUGAGCGAGGACGGGCAGCUGAAGUCGGAAUUCAGCGGACAGCACUACGAGACACUCCUGAAGAACUGCAAGGUCAUGGUAGACAAGCGCGACGAUGAAUCGGACCUGCAGACGUUCGUGAUGCUCGACGCGGAGCUGCACAGCGCACUCAUCGAGCGAUGCAUACACCAGCGGCACAUCAUACCCUCGCUGCUGGAGGAAAAGGAGACGCACCUGAAGCGGAUACACAACGUGCUGGAUAGGGAAAUGUCAUGGGAGACAUUCAGCAACGCGGUGAACAUGGUCUUCGGCGACGUGGAGCGCAACAUCCUCAAGGCGGACGACUACCUCAUGAAGCCGUCAACCUGGGGGUGCGGCCUCUCCAAGAGCGAGGCCAACGAGGCGGAGAAGAAGUUAAUCGGGGCAUUCAUCAAGUCGCACGUCGAGCUCAACCUAAAAGUCAGGUCGACUAUAGUGAAGCUCAACCGCGUCAUCGCAGACGCCGCACCGGACAAGGGCGCAUCCCUGGCGGAGGCGCUCCUUGCCUUCGUCGAGCACGAGCACCACGCGGCGACUGAGGAGGCGCAGCGCAACAAUGAACUAUCGCAAUGCAUAGACGACGCUAAACGCAAAUUCAGCGAAGAGGCUGACCACUACGGCGAAAACGUCACAAAGGAGUCAUACAAGAGCGGAAUCGCAGUGGACAUGAAGAAGUACCAGAACGAGGGAUGGAUGCCCUGCAUGUCCGCAAGGAUACUGAACACCAUUGUCGACACCUGCAGCAAAAAAACACAGUACUGCAAGGUACUGCUGGAGGUGCUGCGGGACUUCAUAGGUGAACUCGAGCCCGACAGCACGUCGGCACUCGUCAUGGAGAACUUGCACAACGUCGUGUCCGUUUCGUUGCUCAAGAACAAGGACAUCACCGCUGAGGACUUGCGCUCCUACCUCGCGAAGGUGGCAAAGAACGAACUCAAGGAAGUCAACUCUUUGAGUGGCGGCUCGGAUCAGGCGAAGCCGUCUGAGUCCGAACCCAAAGAGACCAAGACCGAAGAGGCUGCCAGUGGAGGCAGCGAACACGAUAAGCAGGCUCCAACGGAGGAAUCCAAGCAACACGAAGUACAUUCAGAAAGCUCAGAGCAGGCCAUCAAGGAGCACUGA